AUGUUCAGAAUUGAAUUUGAAGCUCAAUAUUGCAAGUCAAGCCUAACUCGUUGCAGGGUCUGUCAACAGAAUAUUAAAAAACACGACAUCAGGAUAUUCAUUUACCAUAUGAGUGGGAAUGAAUAUUACCAUCUGAACUGCUAUAGACCCAAAGUGAUGCAAUAUAUUUGUGAGAAGGACAUUCGAAUGAACUUAGGUGGCGAUGGGUUACAAAGAUUUAAAGAGUGGCUUGAGGAAUGAAAUUCUAAAUAUCCACCUAUUGACAAGCCUUAUCAUUCUCCUCCUAAUAUGCUAAAACAAGUGGAAUCAAAACCGUCUAAUUCCCUCUUUAAGAUACAGUAAAAUUUUUUGCUUGAUUUUCGACAGGGCUGAAUUUUUAAUUAAAAAAAUUAUUUUAAAAUAUACAAUAAAAACUUUUUUUUUAUUUUUAUAAGUUGCAAUAUACUUAAAAAUAAUUUUUUUAGAUAAAUUUAAUAUAGAUUCAUUAUAAAAUUAUUAAUUUAAUAUGAAAAUAUAAUAAGCAUUCCUUAAUUUUCCCAAAAAUUAAGCAUUUUCCAAUGCUUUUGCUCAAUAUUAAAUUGAUAGUAAAUAUAAAAGGGCAUGAAUUGAAGUCUUUAGAUUUAUGAGCCCAGCUGAGGUCGCAUCAAAACUUUCUUUUGUAUGUAAAGAAUUCUACCACAUUACCUGAGAUGAAGAACUUUGACACUUUUAUUACACAAAUGAGUUUCCAGUUCCAGAAAUAGAAGUCGACAAUUGGAAAAACUCAUAUAUAGCAAUGGCCCUCAAAGCCUGUAUUGGCUGUCACAAGCUGAUGGAAGAGGACAAUUUCUUUCGUUGCCCUUUAUUAAAAAAGCCUCUGUGCAUGAAUUGCUCAAAUACUAAAAAAUUUCGGGUAUUAUCUAAAUCUCAAAUAAAAGCUCAUUAUCAAAUAAAUCCAAAUUUGCUUAACGUUCAAUUUUAUCUAGGAAAAUGAUCAACUUUAUCUUGCUAUAACUUUAUGAUAAAAAAAGCUGUUGUUGAAUAUAGACAACAAAAUAAGCAAAUACUUCUGAAGGAGCUUGAAAACAAGCCUCAAUAUCAAGACUUAAAAGAAAUCUUGGAUUCUAUUAAAUUAGGGAAGCUGCAUAAAAAUGAUCCUCCAGAUGCAUAGGGUUUUCAUUAAUUUUUCCUAAAAGCAUUUUUAGAUGCAAAUUAAUAGGCAAAAUAAGGCAAAAAGAGCUCAUGCCAUUUAAUUGGAAAAUUUUAAUAGUGUGUGACAUCUCAUUGGGAUUUUUGGUCGAAAUUUUUUUUUUGCGAAGCAUCUGCUCAGAAAAUCAUCAAUUUCUUAAGAGGGGUCAAACUUUUGAAGGAAAUGAAAUAUUAUCAAAAUGUUUUGAUAAAAAAGCGUGCACUAGCAAAAAAGUAUAAACUUGAUGGCAAAUCCAUUUUAUCCGUGUUAUGAAAAGCUGGCUAAGUAUUUGAAAAAUAAAGAAGGUGGAGCAAAGUGGAUUCAUGGAUAUCUAAAGAACAAUUCUUAA